UAAAAUCGCUUCUAAGCUGCAGUCUUAGUUAUGUAUUACUCCGGUUGUGUGUGUGUAACAGAUCAUCUAACUACUGGCAACUAAUAGAACGCUUCCUAUUUCCUGUACAGCUUGUGCCAGUUCUACGUUUUUAGGCUACUGGCGUACUUCCGCCCUCAUUUGGUGCAUGAGCAAAAACAUACCGACUAAAGAGGAUUUAAAGAAUUUGACAGCGGCCGGGAUUGGCCCUUGGUUUGGGCCCUGAGAAAGAUUUGGCCCUGUUAAGCAUUUGCAGAAAUGUUUGGAGCAACUCAGGUUUCGAAGGCCGACUUCUUAGACAAAGCCAGGCAAGCUCGUGAAGAGAGAAAAGGUCUCAAAGAAAGAGAAAGAGCAGCAAUUAAAAUUCAGGCACUUAUCAGAAGGUUUCUGUGCAGAUGUCGACUACAGAAAGAAAUCAGACAAGAAGUUGAUGAUUUUCUUGAAAACACAGAAAAAGGUUUAGUCAAAGCUAAUGCACUUUCAAUAUUCCGGAUAUCUCGCAAGCAGCUAAUAAUAUUCCAGAUAUCUCAGGACAGGGUGAGGUUUGAAAAACUUUGUCGGUGUAUUCUCAACAGCAUGGAGAGUGACAAUGAACCCAAGGUUUGGUUUGUGUCUCUCGCUCUUUCCAAGGAUCUCACUCUUCUCUGGAUAAAGCAGAUAAAAUACAUUCUGUGGUACUGUUGUGAAUUCCUUAAACAGUUAAAGCCAGAUAUACUGCAGGACUCCAAGCUGAUCACAGUCUACCUCACUAUGCUGGUCACCUUUACAGACCCCUUAACCUGGAAAAUACUCAGAGGGAAAGGUGAAAGCCUGAGGCCAGCAAUGAACCACAUCUGUGCAAAUAUUAUGGGGCACCUUAACCAGAAAGGAUUUUAUUCUGUGCUACAGAUACUGUUAACCAAUGGCCUGGCCAGAUCAUGACCCUCCUUGUCCAAAGGCACACUUACAGCCCUGUUUUCUUUGGCAUUUCGUCCAAUAGUAGCAGCACAAUUUUCGGACAACCUUCUUCGAUCCUUUCUGAUCCAUAUAAUGUCUGUACCAGCUUUGGUUUUCCACCUGUGUACCCUUACUCCAGACAGGCUUGCUGUAAUAGAAUCUCAUGGCCUCUUCCAUAAAUUCAUCUUGUUCCUGAGCCGGGAGGAUCAGUGCAGUGAUGUGUGCGUGUGCCUGGAAGGCAGCCAUAGUCUUUGUUUGCUAGGUAACCUCAUUCACCUGGGCCACAUGACUGAGAAGGUGCUGGAGGAGGAGAUGUGUCACUUUGUCAGUGUCCUUACCCAAAUGUUAUCCUAUUGUCAGAAAUAUGUGUCUCAGAAAAAGUCCAACCUUACACACUGGCAUCCUGUUCUGGGUUGGUUCUCCCAGACAGUGGACUAUGGCCUCAACGAGUCCAUGCCCUUACUCACCAAGCAGCUGCAAUAUCUGUGGGGUGUCCACAUGAUCCGUAAUUUGUUCCGUGAGGUCCUGAGCAAGAAGUUGGCAGAAAACCAAGAGGCGUCUGUCCCUGCAUCACAAAGUUCUUCUUCCUCCCCACAGAAUAACCUACCUAUGAAAAAUCUCUUUAAACGAGCGUUACAGAAAUCUGCUUCUGUUCGACACAUACUUAAACCAAUUGGGGGGAAAAAGGUGGACUCUCCAGAAGUGCAAAAAGUUUGCAACAUAUGUGUUCUGUACCAGAUGGCGCUAACAAUCCUGACACAAAUACGGCUACAGAUUCUGACAGGGCUUACCUAUCUGGAUGACCUUUUGCCUAAGUUGUGGGCGUUCAUAUGUGAACUUGGACCUCAGGGAGGUCUGAAACUCUUCCUGGAAUGUCUGAGCAGUGACUCGGAGGAGUCAUGUAGACUUUUAGCCAUGCUGGUUUUGUUCUGUGACUGCUCUAGGCAUUUAAUUACGAUUUUGGAUGAUAUUGAGGUAUAUGAAGAACAGAUAUCAUUUAAACUAGAGGAACUUGUGACCAUUUCCUCCUUUCUGAACUCGUUUGUGUUCAAGAUGAUCUGGGAUGGACUUCUUGAGAAUGCCAAAGGAGAGACUCUGGAGCUGUUCCACUCUGUGCAUGGUUGGCUCAUGGUCCUGUAUGAAAGAGACUGCCGUAGGCGCUGCUUUGCCCCAGAGGAUCAUUGGCUGCGCAAGGAUCUCAAACCAACCGUUCUGUUCCAAGAACUGGAUAAGGAGAGGAAGAGAGCCCAACUCCUACUUCAGUAUAUCCCUCAUGUCAUCCCACACAAGAAUAGGGUUCUCUUGUUCCGAAAUAUUGUCACCAAGGAAAAAGAGAAGUUGGGUUUAGUGGAAACUAACAUUGCCUCCCCACAUGUCACCCAUAUUACUAUUCGAAGGUCACGUAUGUUAGAGGAUGGAUAUGACCAACUAAGGCAGCUUUCCCAGAAUGCCAUGAAAGGUGUCAUACGUGUAAAGUUUGUGAAUGAUCUGGGAGUAGAUGAGGCUGGGAUAGACCAGGAUGGUGUCUUUAAAGAGUUCUUAGAGGAAAUUAUCAAGAGAGUAUUUGACCCUGCACUGAAUCUUUUCAAGACCACUAGUUCUGGAGAUAGGCUGUACCCAUCCCCUACAUCGUAUAUACAUGAAAACUACCUCCAGCUGUUUGAAUUUGUAGGAAAGAUGCUGGGAAAAGCAGUGUAUGAGGGUAUAGUGGUGGAUGUACCAUUUGCAUCAUUCUUUCUCAGCCAGCUUCUUGGGCAAAUCUUCUACAGCUCUGUGGAUGAGCUGCCUUCUUUGGACUCUGAAUUUUACAAGAACCUCACUUCCAUCAAGCGCUACGAUGGGGAUAUUGGUGAUUUGGGACUUACCCUUUCAUACGAUGAGGAUGUUAUGGGUCAGCUGGUCUGUCAUGAGUUGAUCCCAGGUGGGAAAUCUAUUCCAGUGACCAAUGAAAAUAAAAUCAGUUAUAUCCACCUCAUGGCUCAUUUCCGCAUGCACACACAGAUUAAGAACCAGACUGUUGCCUUCAUUAGUGGAUUUCACUCCGUCAUAAAGCCUGAGUGGAUCCGCAUGUUCUCAGCACCAGAGCUGCAACGUCUCAUAUCAGGGGACAAUGCAGAGAUAGACCUGGAUGAUCUCAAGAAACACACAGUCUACUAUGGAGGGUUUCAUGGAAGUCACCGUGUCAUUAUCUGGUUGUGGGAUAUUCUGGCGAAUGAUUUCUCUUCUGAAGAAAAAGCCAUGUUUCUAAAGUUUGUCACCAGUUGCUCUCGGCCUCCCCUACUGGGAUUUGCCUACCUCAAGCCUCCCUUCUCCAUUCGCUGUGUAGAGGUGUCAGAUGAUCAGGAUACAGGCGACACCCUGGGCAGUGUUCUACGUGGUUUCUUCACCAUACGAAAAAAAGAGCCUGGUGGACGCCUUCCCACUUCCUCCACCUGCUUCAAUCUCCUGAAGCUUCCCAAUUACAGUAAAAAAGGAAUUCUACGGGAGAAGCUCCACUACUCUAUCAGCAUGAACACUGGUUUUGAGCUUUCCUAGUCUUUUUCAUUUACAUUCCAUUGUCCAUGCUAACGAAGCCUACAUUUAAUUGCAAGGGUGCUGAUUCAGAUAAGCCCAGAAUCUGACUAUACCAUUUUGUUUUAUCAUUUAGGAGCACAUCUGUUAGAUUUCACUGAGGCCUUGGUGGAAACUAAUAGCUCUUAUUAGAAAGUGGAACUGGCUGAAUUGCACUUUAGUCUGAUAUGACAACACUAGCAGGGUUUAAAGGAACAGUUAAGUGUAAAAAUAAAAACUGGCUAAAUAGAUAGGCUGUGCAAAAUAAAAAAUGUUUCUAAUAUAAUUAGU